UAGAGCUGUGCAAAAAUGCUACGCUGUCAACUACAAUCGCUAACAAUAUUCCUAGUUUUAUUUGCAUUUAUCAGCCGUCAACAGAUUGUGCGGGCAGCUCCUGGCUGUGAUGGCGAUUGCUUAGAAGACAAAUUGGACGAAAUCUUGUCAAAAUUAAAAACUUUGAAUGGCAAAGUGGAAUCGCUUGCAGCACAUCCGGAAAUUGAGCCGCCAGCAGCUUGUGCACAUCACCCACAUGCACAUCGCAAGCAACAUGUAACGGAAAGUCAUGAGGACGUCGAGUCGCGCCACCAGCGACGCCACCACGCACGAAACUUCCACUCAGGACUCGCAACUUCCUCGCUUGGCAGCAGCAACCACAAAUGUGCAGAGCGUUUGGCACAGAUUUGUAGUAGUGUAGGUGUUAGUGAAAUUCAGUUGGACGAUGACAAAGUGCCACCAUUCAAAGUGCUUUGCGGUGCCGAACGUUGGAUAGUUAUUCUGCAGCGUUUAGAUGGCUCAGUCGCCUUUCACAAUCGCACUUGGGACGCGUAUAAACAGGGUUUCGGUAGUGUAGGUGAAAAAACCGAAUUUUUCUUGGGUUUACAACAUUUGCACGAGCUAACCUAUAGUGGUUUCUUCGAAGUACGCAUUGAUUUGGAAGAUUUUCAGGGUGUACAAAAGUUUGCACAUUAUAGUGACUUCAGUGUGUUCAAUGAGCAUGCCGACUACAAAAUGGGCAUAUUGGGUGUUUAUCACGGCACAGCCGGUGAUUCGUUUAUGUAUCAUGAAGGCCAGCAGUUUAGUGCUACUGAUCGCGAUAACGACGCCAAAGCGCAAGGUAGCUGCAGCGAGGAAUACAACAGCGCGGGCUGGUUUAAGAAUUGCAUGGAAGCCAAUCUUUUUGGUAAAUAUUUGAAUGGCGAAACGGAUAAGUUCAAGGAAGGCAUGUACUGGGAAACUUUUCAUGGUCCAGAAUACUCACUAAAAACAGUUAAAAUGUCUGUUCGUGCUAAAUGUUAAUUCAUAUGAGUUUAUAUUUUGAAAAAGAUAUAUAAAUAGGUACAUAUACAUCUAUCGCAAAACAAAUAAAGCACUUCAAUGCCGAACAA